AUGUCCCUACAAAUGCCUGCACCAACGCCAGUGCAGAAGGCAUCGCUGACUCGCCCGAGGCAGAAGUACUCCGCUGCCAGAGCCUUCUACCUUACCAUUCUCGUGAUAUCAGCCAUUGCCAUAUUGAGCCUGCUCAAGGAGAGAAGAAUUGAAUAUGAUAUCAAUGCCGCAAAUCGUGCGCUCUCCAGUCGACCCCGUCUUACCAUCAGAGACGGGCUUCUUCAUGGGAGCAGUGGCGAGCUUGUGCGGAGGGAUCAGGCAUGCCGACUCGUCAAUACCGUUAAAGACAAAUGCGCUUUUGUCCACGCCAACUGCCCAGACGAGGAAUCAGGUCUCUUUUCCUACCUACAAUUCUACUAUUGCAAGCUACACAAGGCUCAACCUCUCGCCUUCAUUAUCUUGAUAGUAUGGCUCGGCCUCCUCUUCAGUACUAUUGGCAUUGCUGCAAGCGACUUCUUUUGCAUAAACCUUAGCACGAUUGCCAGCAUCUUGGGAAUGAGCGAAAGCAUGGCCGGCGUUACCUUCUUGGCCUUUGGAAACGGAAGCCCGGAUGUCUUUUCCACGUUUGCUGCAAUGAAGACAAAUAGCGGAAGCCUGGCUGUUGGCGAGCUCAUUGGCGCUGCUGGAUUUAUCACUGCUGUAGUGGCUGGGUCAAUGGCCUUGGUGAGACCUUUCAAGGUUGCAAGAAAGAGCUUUGUUAGAGAUGUGGGCUUCUUCAUUGUUGCCGCAAGCUUUAGCAUGGUCUUUCUAGCGGACGGUCACCUACAUCUAUGGGAGUGCGCCGUCAUGGUCGCAUUCUAUGUGUUCUAUGUGGUUACGGUGGUUUUCUGGCAUUGGUAUUUGCGCCGGCGAUCUCGUCGAAGAUUACUAGAAGACGCAGCAAGGGGUAAUUUCCAUACCCCCGGAGCAGAUGAAGCGGAGGACGAGCCAUACCAUGAUGAAGACGACGAGGACGCUGCAGCAAGAGGAAGUCGGGCUCCAACUAGAACAGUCUCGGCCAACGAUUUUGCUAAUCUGGAGAGAGGAGGGAGUCCGAUGAUUAGACCCAUGGAUGAAGAAGCGGAUGCAGACGAUCAGACUCGAGACCGUUAUCUAGCCGAGAUCAGUAGUAAUAUGAGAGUCAGCCGACGGAAGCCUGGAGAGCGUAGGAACACCAUCAACCCAAUUAGGCCAAGUCUGGUCGGCGCACUCGAGUUCAGAGCAGUACUAUCGUCUCUGCAGAAAUCGAGAAAUAUCCAGACUAUUCCUAUUAACCUUCGCCGAUACUCAGACGAUCCAUCUUAUUCUGCAGCGCAACAGCAGGACAAUUAUUCGACGGUUUCCAAUCCGGAAAACAACUAUGACGAUGUCGACGCUCAUGAUGUGGCUUCUAAUGCUUCUUUAUGGCCGAGUGCGGAUGGUGAACGGACUGGUCCAAAUCGCAUUCGCGCUGUUUCUGCAAAUGAUGCGGUGGGUCUUCGACUCGACCCCAAGACCUUGCAAAAUGCACGUGUGCCAGAGAUUGACCUCCUAGGUGCAACGCCACCAGGACCGGGAGGGCUGCAGCCCGUGGAUGGAACUGCGGAUCGUCGACCCAGCGGAAGGUCUCUAAGUCCUCCAGCCCCAACUCUGUCUUUAUCGCCUGCGGCCGACGAGUUCGGAUAUCUUUCUAUGAGUCCUGCGUCCAUGUCUCCUUUGCAACACGGUCGGUCCGGCGAGCUUCUGGCUCCACCCGAGGACAGCCUUCUUGGGUCACGAAACCAUGCUCAGUCUCGAGUCGACAGCCAGCAGGAUAACGCCGGCUUGCCAGAAGAUUUACCAAAGUUGAUUGGGAGACCAAGCGUACCUAGGAUACAGAUACCGCGGUCUUCAGGAUCACAGUCGUCAAGAGGUUCAAGCCCGCACUCACCGUUCCCAGCUUACCACAACGAUCGGAAUUUUGUAUCUUCGUCACGCACACCGAGCAUACGAUUACCUCCGUCUAGUAUCGGAUCCGAGUCAACUUUUCACCAAAAUCUUUAUCAAGAACCUGAAGAGAAGCCGAUGCGGUGGUGGCCUUAUAAAGUCCUUCCAUCGCCGCAAAUUCUCGUAUCAACUCUGUUUCCCACGCUCUACUCAUGGAAAGACAAGAACCUUUGGGAGAAGCUCUUAGGUAUCGUAGCCGCACCAAGCGUCUUCCUCCUUGCCAUUACCUUGCCUAUUGUUGAAGUCGAUAAGGAGGAGGAUGGAGUCCUUCCAGAUAUUGUCGAUCCGGAUCCAGGUCUGCUUUCGCCCCGUCGUUCUCGAUCCCGUUCACCCUCAACGGUUAUUACAGCACUCCCUCCAGACAGUCCUUCGACGGAGGCCGCUAGCAACGGCGAGGGACUGGAACCGCCGUAUUUUGGGAAAUAUGGAAAGCAAGUGACUGUGUCACCAUCUAUCAACAUUGUGGAGCCUGAGAAUGGCAGUGCCAUAAAACCUCUGCCCGAGGAGCCUGGGCCUCUCCACCCGCCGGGCCACCAGUCCAACAGUGUAACGAACUCACCCAGUCCGACCCAGCCACCUUCAUCCCCUAAAGAGUGGAACCGUUGGCUUGUAGCUACCCAAAUUUUUACGGGCCCCUUGUUCAUUGUCGUCCUGCUCUGGGCAAACACGGACCCCAGCCUCUCGCCCCGCAACCUCCUUCUACCGUGUCUUUACGCCCUUAUCGCUUCCCUGCUCGCCUUUGCCAUUCUAAUUCUCACCACCACACCUUCUCGUGCUCCCAAACACCGCUAUUUGCUCUGUUUCUUUGGUUUUAUCAUCUCUAUUGCCUGGAUAUCUACCAUUGCCAACGAAGUCGUCGGCGUCCUCAAAGCCUUCGGAGUCAUCCUUGGCAUCAGCGACGCUAUCCUAGGACUCACCAUUUUCGCAGUUGGAAAUUCCCUGGGUGACCUCGUCGCUGAUAUUACCGUUGCAAGGCUCGGCUAUCCUGUUAUGGCACUAAGCGCCUGCUUUGGUGGUCCCAUGCUGAAUAUUCUUCUUGGUAUUGGUCUCAGCGGACUGUAUAUGACGAUCCAGGGAGGCGAGAGAAGACACGAGAAGCAUCCGGGGCGACCAAUACGAUACAAACCAUAUCAGAUUGAAGUGGGAGGAACAUUGCUGAUCAGUGGAGUAACGCUUUUGGUCACGCUGGCAGGGCUGUUAGUCAUCGUGCCUUUGAGGGGCUGGUGGAUGGAUAGGAGGGUAGGCUGGGGUCUUGUUGCUUUAUGGUGCGCCAGUACAAUCGGUAAUGUGGCUGUAGAGAUAGUGGGUUGGGGAAAGGAAUCGUAA